UCUAUUAACGAAAGCCAAUACGAAGAACUGAUUAUUAGGAGAAUUGAUGAAAUUAUAGGAGUAUUUACUGACAAUAAAAUAAAAGCUGCUAAGAAUAUAAAAGGCACCCAAGAAAGACAGAAGAAGACCUAUGAUAGAAAGAUAAGAGCAAUUACUUAUAAAAUCGGUGAUUUGAUGGACGGGACCGUAUUACAUCCACCGAUGUCUGGGCAAUGGGUCAUACAUAUUAAGGAGUAUGAAAGAGGACUCCCUGAAAGUUUACGAAGAAAAAUAAGGCAAAUACGUGACGAAUUAAUGGCACUUGCCGGAGAUGUUCAACUUGUUGUCGAUAAUACGGGUGCGUAUGCGAUACUCGGAGACAGUGUAAUGAAUUUGAUGGAAUCCGUGAGUGACGAUACGUUACUUCCUUAUGUUAUGGACGUAAUGACUGCUUCAGAAGAAAGAUAUGACUUAACAAAGGAUAUGUCUGACUCUGAUAUAUCGGGCCUAUUAUCUGUUGCAAUAAACCCCACUAAUUCAAGUGGGCAACGAGUAAAUGCUUAUAGACGUCUUGGGAAUUAUAUCUACGCUGUUCAGAUGGAACGAACUACUACGCAAAUAGAACAGGAAUUGCGAACGUAUUCACGCCAGAAUGGUUCACGGAUACGUACGAUAGCCUUGAGGGCAAAAGGAUUAUCACAAGAAGCCGAAAUGUUACAGCCGAAGGAUCUUCACAGUGUUACGCCCGAUUGGUUAUAUAGACUUCCAAGACAAGAUUACGAAAGGUUGGUGCAAAUGUGUGGGAAGGUAAACUCGCGAAUGAUUCAAAAUUAUUUGAACAAUGACGUAGGGUCGCAGGAGCUCCCCUUUGAAGGAGGAAAUGUUUGUGGUAACAGCGAAGGAUCGGUAAGGUGGUACGAAGAUAGGUGUGUGGAAAAUGUGUGGCGUGAGAAUAAUGAAGUACAAAUGAUAGAAAUGAUGGAGUUGCACAAUGAUGGGAAUGAUGGAGUACGAAUGAUGGGAAUGAUGAA